UAUCGGUGCCUGGUCACACUGGCCAUUAUGCAUGCACUUCGUAAUUUUGCCGGCAAUGGAAUAGCAAAUGUAUUUGGCUGUGGGAUCAGGCGCCGGCUCAGCUAUGUCCUGGGCAUCGAGACCUCCUGCGACGACACGGGCAUCGCCAUCGUGGACACCACGGGCCGAGUGAUUGCCAAUGUGCUGGAGUCGCAACAGGAGUUCCACACCCGCUAUGGAGGCAUUAUUCCGCCCAGGGCCCAGGACCUUCACCGCGCCCGCAUCGAGUCCGCCUACCAGCGCUGCAUGGAGGCGGCGCAAUUGAAGCCGGACCAACUGACGGCCAUCGCGGUGACCACGCGUCCCGGACUGCCGCUGAGUUUGCUGGUGGGCGUGCGCUUUGCACGGCACCUGGCCCGUCGCCUGCAGAAGCCCCUGCUGCCCGUUCACCACAUGGAGGCGCACGCGCUGCAGGCCCGCAUGGAACAUCCGGAGCAGAUCGGCUACCCCUUCCUCUGCUUGCUGGCCAGCGGCGGCCACUGUCAGUUGGUGGUGGCUAACGGCCCCGGUCGCCUUACGCUUCUUGGCCAAACACUGGAUGAUGCGCCCGGCGAGGCCUUUGACAAGAUCGGUCGGCGACUACGCCUGCACAUUCUGCCGGAGUACCGCUUGUGGAACGGAGGACGGGCCAUUGAGCAUGCCGCCCAGCUGGCCAGCGAUCCGCUGGCCUACGAGUUUCCGCUGCCACUUGCCCAGCAGCGGAACUGCAACUUCAGCUUCGCCGGCAUCAAGAACAACUCCUUCCGGGCCAUCCGAGCGCGCGAGCGGGCAGAGCGGACACCUCCGGACGGAGUCAUCAGCAACUACGGCGACUUCUGCGCCGGCCUGCUGCGCUCUGUCAGCCGGCACCUGAUGCACCGCACGCAGCGGGCAAUUGAGUACUGCCUCCUGCCGCACAGGCAGCUCUUCGGUGACACCCCGCCCACACUGGUCAUGUCCGGCGGUGUGGCCAACAACGAUGCCAUAUACGCCAACAUCGAACAUCUGGCCGCGCAGUAUGGCUGCAGGAGCUUCCGUCCAUCGAAGCGGUACUGCUCCGACAACGGCGUCAUGAUCGCCUGGCACGGCGUUGAGCAACUGCUGCAGGAUAAAGAGGCCAGCACGCGCUACGACUACGACAGCAUUGAUAUCCAGGGCAGCGCGGGAUUCGCCGAGUCGCACGAGGAAGCUGUCGCUGCGGCGGCCAUAAAAUGCAAGUGGAUACAGCCACUGGUUUGAUCACUAGCCCCUGUUGUGUUUUAUACAUUCUUACAUAAAGUUACAGAUGAAUCCUUGUUCGUUGUUGAAUCCUGUUUGUCUGAUUUACAAAUUAAUAAUAUAUUCAUAAUAUUUUUGAGUGUGUGAGUUCUUUGGCGCUGCAGAGUUCCUACUUGCUAAGAGCCACCUUGCUAGCUCUGGUGGCUUCCGAGAUCUCGACGUUUAUGCUGACGAACAAUAGGACAUGGCCAGAUAAUCAAAAUAUAGUUUAUAGUAAUGGAAAAGCUUUGCCUCCACCUGUUGGCCACUUUUCCAGGAACGUAAUAACUGAUAUGACGACAGGUCUUUAUCACGCGAAUCGAUAUAGAAAUAAACAACCACAAAUGAAUCACAAAUGCUAUAUAAAAAUCACAAUUGCAUUGAAUUUAUGUAAUUUUAUACAUAUAAAAAGUACAUUUUCGCUUGUGCAUCUUUGGUGGGAUGUUCCCUUUUUUUUUUUCAUUUCAGGCAAGACAGUGAGUGGUUUCGUUUUGGAUUUCGUUUUAUUAUAAGAUAUUAUCUGAAAUCAAUAAUGUUAAAUCACUAAGGUCUAGAAAAAAAAUGUAAAAAUUGAUAAUGUGUACAUAUAAAAAUAUUAAAAAAUGC